AUGCCUCCCAAGCGGCGUGCCUCCACAAGGUUGCAAGACGGUGCCAGGAAACGCGCGCUUAUGGAGAGAGCCGCACCGCGCCGAUCUCGACGGCCACCAGGCGCCAACCCGAAGCCAAGGAAUGACUCUGCAGCAAUCUCAACUCGCAAGGAGACGUCGCUCGCCGACCUUCCUGAUGAACUGCUCCUGCUGGUUUUUCAGCAUUUCCGCCUGGCCCGUUUCCUCUACGGCCCGCUCGAAGAGCAGGUCUCCGGGUACGAAGGUAGGCUGGUGCUAUUCCAAAAGCGCUGCGAUGCCCUGCGGAGCAUCUCCCAGACGUGUCGGAACUUGUGUCGUGUUGCUCAGCCGCUCCUAUAUGAGGUCGUCAACUGCUUGAAUCACACGAACAGACGAAUGGAUUUAUUGCGUACCCUGAUCUGCCGAAAGGAUCUCGCAGGAGCCGUAAGGGAGGUGCACCUGAGACACGAGUUUGACCCCCCCAGAAGAGGGCUUGCCCAGCGCUACCCGGAACUCAUAGAAGCCGCUCGCCAUGUCGACAUCGAGAUGGGCCGGUCGUUCAUCGGAGCAUUGCGGACAGGCCGCUGCGAGGCCCAAAUCGCCCUGGCUCUGAACUUCAUGCCAAACCUGACUUACCUGAACUUCUGCCUAGACGAAAAGUUUGUCGAGGACUAUAACUGGAUGUUCCGCUUACUACGCCAAAGCUCCUUCACCAUGUCGCAGAACGGCCCUGGCGGGCCCUUUGCAAAUAUCAAGACAAUAGAAAUAGGCUACGGUGGCGUGGAGUAUGGCUACAACCCCGUCUUCAUCUCCGACUUUGUCACGUUGCCACACCUCAAAGAAAUCGCCAUCAAGUCAGCAUGGUCCGGUGAAACCGGGUGUGGCAUCCAGUGGGAGCCGGAAGAGAACAGUUCCAACAUCACAACCAUCGACCUCGACGCCUCGUCCGUCUCGAACGACUUUAUCCGCAAACUUCUCACCGCCUGCCGAUCCCCCAAAACCUUCAUCUACAGCUGGGGCAGCAUGCCGGAGGCCGACUCGAUGAUGGACUUGACCGGCUUCAUGCGCGCCCUGCGCCUGCGCCGCCACACGCUCGAGACGAUCCGGCUCGACGUUGUGCUCAAGGCCAACGUGUUCGAGUGCUUCGCCGUCGAGGACGAGUACCUGCCGCCCCUCGGCUCCUUCAAGGACUUUACCCGCCUCACCGAGCUCGAGGUUCCCGGCCACCUGCUGCUCGGCUCGCCCCUGCUCGACUGGGACCACUUUGACGGCGAGCACUGGCCGGGCUUCCUCUACGAUUUCGACUACAACGCUCUCACCGACGUCUUCCCGCCCUGCCUGAAGCGCUUGACCGUCGAUUGCAUGGGCCUGGAGGAGGACGUCACCUUCCUUUUGCCCUUUCUGGAUGAGUUCGCCAAGCAUUGUGCCGAGAGGCUGCCGAACCUCCGGUUCGUGAAGCUGGUCGUUGUCGACGAGAACGACUUCCCGUUGUUGAAGGAUGUGAAAGAGGCGUUGGAGAACCAGGGCAUCGAGGUGCAGGUCAAGGACUUCAUCGAUGAGGAGGGCUGGGAAGAAGAUAUGGAAGUGAGGUACAGCGAUGACGGCAGGAAGAAAAUCACAUCGAGGCUGAUCGGAGACAUUCUGUACACCCAUCCAGUAUUCCAGAACCAAGUGACAACGCAGAACCAAGUGGCAGCGCAGGACCAGGUGGCAGCGUCGAACUGA